UAUAUAUGCAAACGCUGGCUCAGCUGUCGCCGGCCUCCGGCGCUGCGGGUAAGAUUUACAUCAGUGCUACCUUGUGGCUUCAGAGCCUGCUGCUCGGUUUGUUCGCGCACAGCUGUUAACGAUCCCAUAUCAGCCAAUACAUCUAUCUCUAGGCAGUAAGGCAACUGUUGAGGCAGCCGGUGACUCCAAUUUAGUCUGCAGGUAGUGUCCGCAUUCCUUCCAGUCUUUCAAUUCUAAGGUAUUGUCAUAACACUAUUAUACCUACUUCUUUUCAGACCCGGAAGUAGUACUUUACACACUAGUAACCACAACUCCAAAGUAGAGUUUCCGACUCCCUUUCUAUUUCUGCCCUUUCUAUUUCUGGUCAUCUUAGUCACAACGUACACAUUGACUGUCACUAACACACUCACCCCAUUGCUUCGGUAUCACGAUGAUCGGAUCAAAAAGUGUUCUAGACAAUGAAAAAAGAGUAAAGCAUAUCAACGACCGUGGUGAGGCUUUUUCUAUGACUGCUGGUAGUGCUCAGCACAAACAGCAAUCUCUGAUAGACAAACCAAGUACGCACAACGUUACCGAAACCGAAAUCAACAAACUCAUUAAGACCAUCGCGAAGGAACUUGAUGAUGCUCAGAUCCCUAGUGCUAUGGACUAUGAAAAAACCUAUAUCCCGAGACACAAACUGCAAAUUAUUCUUACUCCCGAGAAGAUUCGAGCCAUUGUUGAACACCCUUGUUACAAAGAUUUCGAGGACAAGGAAAAACUAGCCACGCAAAUCUACUAUGGUUCAAAGGAUUCCAAUUCAAAGCCUCUUUUGAAGCUGCUGGCUGUGUUCAUUGGAAUAAGAGAGCCGGAGGAGUUUCCGAAAUGCAUCAAGGAGGGAAUGGAUGAUGGGUGCCUUCCGAUGGUAAGGAAGGUGGUGGAUAGGAACUAUUCUCUCUAUUGCCAACGCCAUGAGAAGCAUCAUACAGCUAUCGAUCAAUUAGAUCGAUCUUACUGCAGGAAACAGUUUGCGCAGUGGUCGUACAGCCUAAUCGCUCCACAUAUCAUCGGUACGAAAGAAAUACAUUCACACUACCAUCUACACGCUGGUGAUGUUUUCCCCAUGCCCGGUGGUAGGCUUCAUCAGAAAGAGCCGAACGGAAAGGACAACGGGGCUGAGAUACAGGAAGCAUGUUUUGCGUAUGGUGGGUUUAGCGAGGUAUAUCAAGUCGAAAUUGACGAAGAUCACCAUGAUUUUGGAAACAUCGGGAUCCGCCAUCCAGACAAAAUGUUCGCCUUGAAGAAACUCACUUCCCAUGACCGGUCAAGCUUGGAUAUGGAGCUUAAGUCCCUGCUAUUCUGCAUGGAUAUGUCAAUCGAUGAAGAUGCCAGUAGGCACAUGAUACAACCUCUUGCAACAUUCGAAGUCGAAGAUCCCACGGUAAACGGCUUAACUUAUUAUAUUCUCUUCGACUGGGCAGAGGGGGAUCUCAACAAAUUCUGGGAGACCAACAACAAUCCAAGACCGGCUAGGGAUCAUUGCAAAUGGAUGUCUCACGAACUCUAUUCACUUUGCUUGGCGCUCAAGUGUGUCCAUAACGAGCGCCAGCGGGCCUUAAAGCACAUCGAUAAAAGCACGCUUGAAAAUAACCUACUAGGAAAACCCCAUGAUACCGAGGACUUGUAUGGACGUCACGGAGACAUCAAACCGGACAACUUUCUUUGGUUCCGUUCACCUCAAUCUUCAACAUCUUCUGGUGAAAGUUCGUUGGCAAAGAUUAUAAGCCAACUUGCUCUAUCCGAUUUUGGAUUGGGAAGAUUGCAUACCAAAGUCUCGCGAUCAAAUCAAGACCCAAAGAAUAUCUCCAGGACAGAGACAUACAGGGCGCCCGAAUUUGACCUCAUGGAUGGCAGAAUCUCCCGCGCAUCCGACAUCUUUAGUCUUGGGUGUGUAUUUCUCGAAUACGUCACAUGGUUUCUAUUGGGAAACCAAAGCGUGACUGAGACUUUCCCCAACGUCAGAAUUAACAAAGAUAUCCAUCAAUUCGACUCGGACACUUUCUUCAACAUUUUCAAGGGUGAGCAUGGCGAACGACCAAUCCUAAAGGAGAGCGUAAAAGAUUGGAUUAUACAGCUCCAAAUUCACAAAGAUUGUACCUGGUACUUGCACCAACUCCUUGAUAUAAUAAGGGACAAGAUGCUUGAGCCAGAACGUGACAACCGAAUCCACAUCUCAGAACUCGUCAAGGAGAUGGAUCUACUUCGACGAACAUGUGAAGGAGACGAUAGCUUCUAUUUGGAGGUGAAAGGCGAGCCCAGGUCUGGUUAACAUCAUGCGAGGUAGCAUUUAUCGCCAUGCAUACCAAAGGCAUCAAGCAGUGUCGAAAGACGACCCGAAUUAGUAUUAAGAGGGCCUAGUGAUCUUGAAUUUCCUUUUUCACC